AUGGCGACCGACGCCGACGAGGCCCCGUUGCUCGCCGACGAGCCCCUGCGGCCGGGAUCCUGCAGCCGGGAGCUCGAGCUGCGGGAGUUCCGCGACCGCUACGUCUUCCGCUCGCUCGACGGCGGCGGCGCCUUCGCCGUCGCCCGCUCCGACGGCUCCCUCCGCCCCCUCUCCCCAGAGGAAGCCGCAGCCGGGAGCGACUGUAAGGUCUCCAAGAUAUACGGAGUGGCCGGUAUGAUCAGGUUGCUCGCCGGUUUUUAUGCCGGAGCGGCUGUUCCACAUUUCAAAACUUUGUUCUUAUCAGGAAGCUACGUACUUGUCAUCACUUCUCGGAAGGAUGCUGGCUCUUAUGGGGCUUCCACAGUUUACCAUGCGAAUUCGAUGAAAUUCUUGUGCUGCAACGAGGCUAUAAAGCAUUUAACUUCAGAGGAAAAACGAGAUGAGGCAUACUUCAUGUCUCUCUUGAGAAUUGCAGAAACUACUUGUGGACUUUAUUAUUCGUAUGACAGGGAUUUGACAUUAAACUUGCAGAGGGCAUCAAAGCUGGCUGCGGGGAGGGUACAUAAGCCACUAUGGAAGCAGGCUGAUCCACGGUUUGUUUGUAACAGGAAUUUGUUAGAGAAGCUUAUUGAAACUAAGCUUGAUGAGUUCAUUACCCCACUGAUCCAAGGAAGUUUUCAGACAGAGCAAUUUACCUUGAAGGAUAGACUAGUCAGAAUAACUUUAUUCUCUCAGAGAUGCAACAGGCGUUUAGGGACAAGAAUGUGGAGAAGGGGUGCAAAUCUUGAAGGUGCCACCGCCAAUUUUGUCGAGACAGAACAGCUGGUUGAGUAUGAAGGUUUAACGUCCUCAUUUAUACAGGUUAGGGGCUCUAUUCCACUUCUCUGGGAGCAGAUAGUGGAUUUAAGCUACAAACCACGACCCAGCAUUAUUGAACAUGAAGAAAUGACGAAGGUUGUUGAGCGCCACUUUCACGAUCUUUCACAAAGAUAUGGAGAUACAAUGGUUAUUGAUCUGACCGAUAAACAAGGUGAUGAAGGAAAUUUAAGCAAUGCAUUUGCUGCUGAAAUGCAGAACUUUCCUGAUAUCAGGUAUGUGCACUUUGAUUUCCAUCAUAUUUGUGGCGGAGGGAACUUUGAUAACUUGCAAGUUCUCUAUGAUGAAAUUGAGGAAGCUAUUCAGAAACAAGGAUAUUUCCUUAUGAACUCUAAAGGAGAGAUAUUGUUGGACCAAAGUGGCGUCGUUAGGUCCAACUGCAUAGAUUGCCUGGACCGCACAAAUGUGACGCAGAGUUUCCUUGCAAGAAAAUCUUUGGACUCACAGCUGCAGCGAAUGGGGGCAUUAUCAUCAGCUGAAAGUAUCUCUCAAUCUGAUAGCAUUAACGAUAAAUUUAAAAAAUUGUGGGUUGAGCAUGGUGAUGAGCUAAGCCUUGAAUAUGCUGGUUCUUAUGCCUUAAAGGGAGACCUUGUAAGGUAUGGAAGGCAGACACUGCCUGGAUUGAUUAAAGAUGGCAUGAGCGCUCUUUCCCGGUAUUAUUUGAACAAUUCUCAUGAUGGAGUGCGACAAGAUGCUCUAGAUCUUAUCAGUGGUUACUAA